AUGAUAUCGAUCGUGGACAAAAUCGGCAUCUGGCUGGCGACCGCCGCGUUAGCCAUCCUGACCAUUUUUUUUAACAUGUACCUCAUGCUGGUGAUCCUGAGAAGCUCACGGAAGAAGCAAAAGCUAAACCCGUGCGACUUAAUCAUCGUAGCCAUCAAUGUGGCGAGCAUCGGCCUGCAGGUUUUUACCUACUUUUGGCAGUCCCUAGACCAGAUCGACAUCUUUUGCUCAGUGAACUUUUAUACCGCCAUAAUGUUGUCGCUUGUCUAUAGCACGAAGUUCAUCAUAUUCUGGUGCACCGCGUUUCUGACCUUCUACUAUGGCACUAAACUGGUGAUGAGGCCUGUGGACUGCUACAAGCGCAUGCAGGAGACCAUCAUCAAACACGUCCGCAUUGUCCUGGUCUUGAUCUACAUAGGUGGUUUCAGCCACGGCGUGCCAUUACUGGCACUUUUGCACAAUUACAACAUCACCUCCACCGUGAACGACUGCGGGUCCAUCAUGCCCAACUCCGUCGGCGGACUGCUCUACAUCUUCUACUACGUCUUUAUCUCUGACAUCGUGCCGAGCAUCGUGAUGAUCAAAUCCAGCAUUUCUAUCAUGUUCCACCUUUACCACCAUCUUCAGGACAUGAAAGCGAGCACCAACGGCGCUCACGGGCCCAAGCUGGGCACUCAGAUGCGGGUGAUCAAGAUGACCCUGACCCUGGUGGUCGUGUUUUGUAUAUUCGUGGUUAUGGAUCUGAUCGUGCAAUCCACUGUGGCUCUGAAGAGGCAAAACACCAUCACGGUGACCGUUCUCGUCGCCAGCAUGUAUACCACGGUCAGCGCGGCCGUGAUGGUUUACGGGAAGAAAAGCCACUGGAAGGAUCUCAUAAGCACAUAUAACCUCUUUUUAGACGAGUACCCAUGCCUAACCAGUUUAAAGGUCGCUGAGGUCAAAACAGAACCUCAGGAGAACAGCAUUAACUAACCUUGAGUCCAGCCAGGCUAUAUAUGCACACGUGACUACUGUACAAACAAAAUACGUGUGGAA